AUGCGGCACACCGUUCAGAUACGUUUUCGCCCGCGGCUGCGGGUUGCCGGUGUAAGAGUUACCCUGCGGUCCCUCGACAACGGUGCCAACCUUGUCCCAGCGACCGCAGUUCCACACGUACACCUCAAUCGAGCCGCUCUCCGUGCGUGCGAGCAGCCGCUCCCCCUGCGCCGCGCCCUUGCGGAGGUGCAGCUUGUCCACACUCGGCAUCGACGCGGUGUCGAGGCCAGCAGCGGCGGCCACCUUCACAUCAAUUGUCUGCGCGGCGAUGGCAGUCUCGAGUGCCUGCAGCUUCUCCACCGACGCCAUUUUAUCGUCGUGCGUGGUCCAGACACGCAGCACGCCGUCCGCGCUACCUGUCGCAAUGUCACCCGUACUCGUCACACACACAGACCACACAACGCACGGGUGGUUAAUGCUCUGCACGACCACAGCUUCACCCCCAGCAACAGCUGGCACGGUGACAUCCACCACGCCGCCGCGCCACACCUUCACGGUGCGGUCCUCCGACGCGGAGAAAAGAAGGUGCCGUGA